AGGCAGCCAAGUAUUUGUCAAACUAGUAGCGAUCGUUGGCUGGUCAGCUAGGAGUUGAGGAAAUAUAAUACCGUAGGACAUCUUAAUAUCUUUCGAGCCUUGUGCUUGUUUGUUCGGGCUUUAGUUUUUCGCGUUAGCAGGAUGUCAACUCCAGCACGACGACGUUUAAUGAGAGACUUUAAACGGCUGCAGGAGGAUCCUCCAGCUGGAGUCAGUGGAGCCCCCUCAGAAAACAAUAUCAUGGUUUGGAACGCAGUCAUUUUCGGGCCAGAGGGAACACCUUUUGAAGAUGGGACUUUCAAACUUACCAUUGAAUUUACAGAGGAAUAUCCAAAUAAACCUCCAACAGUGAGAUUUGUCUCCAAAAUGUUUCACCCUAACGUGUAUGCAGAUGGUAGCAUAUGCUUAGAUAUACUUCAGAAUCGCUGGAGUCCAACCUAUGAUGUUUCUUCAAUCUUAACUUCAAUACAGUCUUUACUGGACGAGCCAAACCCAAACAGUCCAGCCAACAGCCAAGCAGCCCAGCUUUACCAGGAAAACAAGCGGGAGUAUGAGAAGAGAGUUUCUGCUAUUGUUGAACAGAGUUGGCGUGACUGUUGACACCGAGUCGCUGGCGAAUGAACAGUGUGCACCACAGAAUCAAGAAACCACCAAUCAAGAAGACAUCAGAGACGGAGAUCUGACGCACCUUUAAGAUCCUUCAGUAUAUUUUGUCCCCUUACUGUUUUUAAGUUUUGUAUGCUGUAGUGUCGUGGCAUUCAUUGCUGCCGAAUGUUGUUUGACAGGAGCAGAGUUAAAAGUUAAUGUACCUUGUUAUUUCUGGGUUACUUGCUAAAUGCCUUUUUUCUUUUUCGAUAUUUGAUAGGCAGUCUCCUAAUUUCCACAUCUCUUCUUGGUAAUUUAUACUUUAGGUAAACAGACUGGACGAUAUGGGAGGCUGUGUGGUUUGGUUUGUAAAUACUGCCAGUUUAUAUUUACAGAAAAUAAAGCAGUUCAUUUUCAGUUGUCCCACAACAAAAUAAAUCUCCCCUCUUUUCUUGGUCUGCACCAUGAAGCCUUGGAUGGAUAAAUAAUUUACCAACAUCAGUCUCUGUUAAAACUCAACAGAUACCUUUUGGGGUCGUUUUUAUUUUAUAUUUCCUGUACAGCCAUGCCUUUUUGAUUAUAAAACCUGAGAGAUAUUGGUAAAUAUCUAUGCCCCUCUCCCUCCCCAGAAAUGUGGAAUUUUAGCAUCCGUGUUGUGCACUUAAUGUUUUUACAUUUUCAUAAUGCUAACGUUUGACCCAUUUAGACCCGCAACAUAUAUGGGUUUAUCUUUUACCUUAUUUGGAGGGUGCAUUACUUUUUUAUGGGUUAAAAGCUGUGUGGAAACACUUUUGCUAUUUUACAAUCUGUGAACUAUCAUAUCUGAUUACACUUCGACAAACAGUGGCUUUUCAGAUUAUACACCCUUGCACUGGUAACCCAUGUAACAAACUGGACAUUAUCUUGUAAAUAAAAUAAAUAUGCAAUGUA